UUCGAUUUAAGUCGCUUUUGAACGGUCCGCCUGUUUGGACGUUUCCCUGUGGCUAUAACAAUUUCGAGAAACGAGGAACUAAGUCUUACAAAAACAACAACACGAACCACAAACUCUACUGCAACAGCGUUGCAACAAAAAUCGUUUAAGCUCGCAGCAAAGAUUCUACAGCACAGGCCAGCAGAAGCUUAGAAAAGAAAAAAAAGACCGAAAAGUUUAAUUGUCUAACUUCAUUGUCUGGUCAAUUAUCUGGGAAUUCAGCUUUAUUAUUGUAUUGCUACACUGGCCAGUUUCAGGCAUGGAUGGAUGAGGCAGGUUCCAGGAAUGGCCAAAUGGACAUGAAAUAUCGCACAACAAUUCUGCAUUUCUGUAGUAUACUUUUUGGAAAGUUGAACAAAUGAAUCAAUCCGAAUGAUUCAGAAUUAAUCAGUCAGCUCUGCUGCAACAAUUUAUCGAGAGAAUCUGCCCGUGGAAGCUCGGCCGCAGGGCAAGGCAAAGGCAUCAGUUUGCCUAAAAGUUAUAAUUCAUGCAGGAAAUCGCAUUAAUCACAGGGAACAUCUAGCAGCUGAAGUGGAGAACGAGAUACAAAUUUCUACGGACUAUAAAAUCAAAAACCCAUCAGCAAGAGGAAAUAGAGCAAAAUUGGGGCAGAGAAUAGAAUGCAAUUAACGGCAGCUUUGCCCGCAGAGACAGUAGGAAAAGCAGCAGCAGUUUCCACAGCAUCGACAAGCUCAUUGAGAAAAUUCAUCUAAGCAGCUCUGCGCGAAAAAGCAAACCACUCGAAAAGGACAGCAGUAAACCAUGGACAAGAAAUCGAAGAGUAAAGCUAAAAUGAAAGGUCUAAAGCCUAACAAGGAGUCGAGCACUAGGCUGGAUGUGGAUCUGUGGGAGCAAAACGAAGAUCGCUUCACCACCAUCGACAUUCCGGGACCAAAGGCACUGGGCAAGAAGAGCGCUGCAGAAGCGGUCAUCGGAGGCGGGGGCGGAGGCGGAGGCGGAGGCGGAGGAAGAGGAAACGCACCAGUAGCGGGAGCAGCGGUGGGAGCUCUGCCCUCUGGGGUUGUCUGCCCAUCUAAUGCAACGGCCUUGGCCAAGGACGUUGUCUCAGCACCGAAGGCAUCCAAAGCAGCCGCGCAAAUGAGCACCACGCCCACAGCGUUAAGCAUUGCUGGCUGCGCCUCUGGCACUGCUCUGGUCACACUCGAUGCCGCGCUCGUGGAGGCUGCCGAUGGCGGGGCAGAGCCGGAGCGCGGCAAUUGGAGCGGUCGCUUCGACUUUCUACUCUCGCUUUUGGGCUACUCCGUGGGCUUGGGAAACGUCUGGCGCUUUCCCUAUCUGUGCUACAACAACGGCGGAGGUGCUUUUCUGAUUCCCUUCACCAUAAUGCUGGUGAUUGCGGGGCUACCCCUAAUGUUCAUGGAACUGUCGUUUGGCCAAUACGCUGCUUUGGGACCAGUGGCCGUAUACAGGCGCUUCUGCCCUCUGUUCCGCGGCCUAGGUACUGGCAUGAUCCUGGUAUCGGCUAUUGUUAUGCUCUACUAUAACCUAAUCAUUGCUUGGACGAUAUUCUAUAUGUUUGCCUCCCUGGGCACCACGCUUCCUUGGCAGAACUGCGAGCCGGCAUGGAGCACGAAACAUUGCUUCUCGUAUGUCCAGGCGGAUCAGUGCGAGGCCACCAACGGCACCUACUAUCUACGCACCUGCUACAAUUCAACCGUGGCCGAGGAAAAUAACAUAACGACCCUGGCCGUGCAUGCUCUGAAGCGUCCACCAGCCGAGGAAUACUUUAACAAUUUUGUGCUAGGUCUGUCGUCCGGCAUCGAGGAGACGGGCAGCAUUAAGCCCUCUUUGGCGGGCUGCCUCUUCAUGGCCUGGGUAAUUGUGUUCCUUUGCCUGUGCAAGGGUGUGCAGUCCUCCGGAAAGGUUGUAUACUUCACCGCUCUCUUUCCGUAUGUCGUUCUGGUCAUACUGUUUGUGAGGGGUGUAACCCUUCCCGGCGCCAGUACUGGCAUAUUAUUCUAUCUGACACCCGACUGGAAGCAGCUGGCCAAUGCUCAGGUGUGGGGCGAUGCGGCGGUGCAGAUAUUCUUUGCCCUCAGUCCCUCCUGGGGUGGACUGAUUACCCUCUCCUCCUACAACAAGUUCUCCAACAAUUGCUACAAGGACUCCAUGAUCGUGGCUUUCUGCAAUAUUGCCACGUCGUUCUUUGCUGGGCUGGUGAUCUUCUCUAUCAUUGGCUUUCUGGCUCACGAGCUGGAUGUGGAUGUGGGAAAAGUGGUGGACCAGGGUGCUGGGCUGGCAUUCAUUGUCUAUCCGGAGGUCGUGACCCGACUGCCAAUCUCCCCGGUGUGGUCGGUACUCUUCUUUGUAAUGCUUUUGACCCUGGGCCUGGACUCGCAGUUCGCUUUGAUGGAAACCGUGACAACGGCGAUUUUGGACAAGUUUCCCAACCUGCGUCACUCCAAGAUUUGGGUGGUACUGUCGGUUGCUAUAUUUGGGUAUAUCGGCGGGCUCGGCUUCACCACCAACAGCGGCAUGUAUUGGCUUCAGCUGAUGGACAAAUAUGCAGCCAAUUGGUCUGUCCUACUCAUUGCUAUCUCGGAGUGCAUUCUUAUCUCCUGGGUGUACGGAUCACAGCGUUUCCUCAACGACAUUCAGGGCAUGAUUGGCAAGAGGUCCUGGUUGUGGAACACUUUCUGGGGCAUCAUGUGGCGCUACAUAACCCCAGCCACUCUUUUGUUUAUCCUGUUCUUCAAUUGGGUCGAAUACAAGCCGGCCAAGUAUGGCCACUACGUCUAUCCAUUGUGGGCUGACACUGUGGGCUGGAUCAUCGGACUUCUGCCCGUGUUUAUUGUGUUCCUGGUAGGUUUUCAGCAGAUCUGGAAGGCUCCCAAGCACCUCAGCUUCCUGGAGCGUAUCAAGUUUCUUCUUAAGCCCACCGCCGAAUGGGGACCGGCAGGCAGACCCUGCGUCAACCUGCAUGCCGAACGUUAUCAGACCCAGAACUACGAUGGUGUGACCAAUGCACAGAUCCUGGUCCAUGGCGGCCCCUCCGAUGUGCUGGCAUACGAGGAUGCCGAAGCUACUGCCAAUGGCAGUGGCAGUGGAAAUAACACCCAAAACGGCUACUGCGACGAGGCCAUGCAACUCUGAGAGCGGGUGAAGGCAUCCUCG